AUGUUUAUCCCUGAUCAUUCUGUUUCCCAACCGCCCUCGCCUCAGCUGACAACAGCGACACAAAUACUUGUCAGAAACAUUUUGCAAAAAGAAAAAAAUAAUAAUAAUAAUCUGCUGAUUAAGAAUAUCAUUCAGAACAAGGCACUAACAAUUAUAUUCAAACUGGAGAAACCAUCCACCAAUAUAAAAUACACAAAGGAAUUUCUUGAAGAUGAAAGAGAGCAGAUAUUAGAUGAAAAGAUUGGUUUUACCCAUGUGGUACGCAAGAUUUUAGAAGUUGGAGAACCAAUUGUGGGUCACAAUUUGGUUUUAGACCUAUUGCAUAUGAUAGAAAAGAUGGUUCAGCCUUUGCCUGAGAAACUGGAGCAGUUCAAGUCUCUUGUCAAGUGCAAUAUUCCCACUGUAUAUGAUACCAAACUUCUAGCAAAGGAUCCUCCUUUCUGUGUAGAUAUUCCAGUGACAUCUUUAGGAGCUGUGUAUAGUGAUGUGUGUAGCAAGUUCAACCCCCCACACCUUGUGAUUGAAGAGGGUUAUGAGAGUUAUGAAACUGGAAGCAACAGCAAGGCUCAUGACGCAGGUUUCGAUGCCUUCAUAACCGGUGUUUGUUUUGUUACCAUGGUGAAGAAGCUGGAUGGAUCUAAUUGGAAAAACAAGUCUGUGGUGAAGUCAAAACACCUGGACAUGUAUGCAAACAGAGUGAACAACAUGAGCUCCCAUGACAUUCCAUUCCUCAACUUGGUGGGACCUGAUGUUCAGCCUGACAGGAGCAAAAUAUUUUGUGCGGAGUGUCCAUCCUCAUGGACUACAAUGCAUGUCCAUGGACUCUUUCAUAUGAUUAAACCUUUGAAGAUAGUGUGGGUGAGCAGCACUUUCCUCUACGUCAUUCCCUUGGAAGACAUGGACAAGAAGGUCUGUAGGCAACAUCUGAAGAAUGUUAAUGCUAGCUGUCCUCCAUUGGUUCGAGUAAGAUUGUAUGGGGAUACAAUUAGCUCAAAGAGAAAAUCUGCAACAGAUGAGGAGGUUUCACCAAUUCAGAUACGAGCAAGCCGCAUACACGAGUUCAAAAGACUGAAGAGUGUUGGAUCAGAUCAACUAUCAAAGAUGACCUUGGAGUCUCCAAGUGCAGAAGAACCUCCUUCCGUAAUUAGUGGAGAUAAUGGCAAGAAAGCUGCACCAAAACAAGGCAAAGCGACUCAGGAUGUAUUUUCUAUACCUGAUGAGUGGUAGUUCUGGUAUAGU